UAUUACUGCACUAUUUAAAAAAUUUAAGGAAAUAUUAGAUGGGCUAUUAGAGCCCGAUAGAUACUCAGCAAAAACUCAUCUCUUCCUCCGGCGUUAGGGUUUCUUCUUCCUGCAACUUCCGCCACCUUUUCCUCCUCUCCAAUCGAUUUGCGCGGUUGUUCCUACGCCGGAGACUCUGAACAUGGCUGCCACAACUACAACUAGGUCGUUUCUUCAAGUUGCCGCAACGGAGGAAGUUGCAACACCUCUCAGAGUCGUUCAGAUCGAAGGAUUGGUUAUCCUGAAGAUAAUUAAGCAUUGUAAGGAUCACUCACCUUCUUUAGUCACUGGACAACUUCUUGGGUUGGAUGUUGGUAGUGUUCUUGAAGUUACUAACUGCUUCCCUUUUCCGAUGAGAGAGGAGGAUGAAGAAAUUGAAGCUGAUGGUGCCAAUUACCAGCUUGAAAUGAUGAGGUGCUUGAGGGAGGUUAAUGUGGACAACAAUACUGUUGGAUGGUAUCAAUCAACUUUGCUUGGCUCCUAUCAAACUGUGGAGCUGAUUGAAACCUUUAUGAAUUACCAGGAGAAUAUUAGACGUUGUGUUUGCAUAAUAUAUGAUCCAUCAAGGUCUGAUCAAGGUGUCCUAGCCCUGAAGGCCUUGAAGCUUUCAGACUCAUUCAUGGAACUAUAUCGCAGCAAUAAUUUUACUGGAGAGAAAUUGAGGGAGAAGAACUUAUCAUGGGUGGAUAUCUUCGAGGAAAUACCCAUCAAAGUUUCAAAUUCUGCCCUUAUCAGUGCUUUUAUGACAGAGUUGGAACCUGAAACUCCAGUCACCCAGUGUGAUUAUGAUCGUCUGCAAUUGUCAACCAGUUCACUAAUGGAGAGAAAUAUGGAAUUUUUGAUUGAAUGCAUGGAUGACUUGUCACUAGAACAACAAAAGUUUCAAUUCUACUAUAGGAGUUUGUCUCGUCAGCAGGCUCAGCAGCAAGCAUGGCUUCAAAAGAGAAGGGCGGAGAACAUGGCACGCAGAACUGCUGGAGAGGAGCCUUUGCCCGAGGAAGAUCCUGCAAACCCCAUUUUCAAGCCACUCCCGGAGCCAUCACGUCUGGAGAGCUUCCUCAUAACAAAUCAAAUUUCCAACUAUUGCAACCAAAUCAAUGGGGUUUCUGGGCAAAGCUUUAACAGACUCUAUUUGAUGAAGGCUUUGCAUGAGGAUUAAAAAAUCAAUCCAUGUUUGUCACUCUAAUGCAUGCUUUGAAAAUGCAAUUUAUUUUCCAUACAGAAUGAGAAUUUAAUGGUGAUUUUGGUAGUAUAUUAGAGGACCGUUAUUUAAGGCGAAGUAAUUUUUUCUUUAAUUAUUAUUUUGAACUCUUCCAAUUGUAAGAAGUGUAAUCUGUUAUUUAGAGAGAAAAUACCUUUAGUGCUUUUUUAAUUGUUUUAGUUGUUUUAGUUGUUUUUUGAUCUUAGGUCUCCAAUAUUUGGAUGUCAUUAUGAAACAGAUCCACUUUUAUUUUUCAUAAAACAAAUUUUGUUA